CGUCACGUGACAGGGAGGGGGGCACGCAGCGGGAGAAGAAGAGGAAGCGAGCGGAUGUAACCGGAGUGAAGGAUGCCCAGGAUCAUGUCACCGGUUACCUUUCGCUCCCACCACCAGUCCGCGACAUGAUGAACGCUGGUCCCGGAGCGCUAGUCCGCAGGAUGCCGUCGGCAGCCCGGCGGAGCGCCUGCUGGAUAGCGUGGUGCCAGGCGGUCCUGCUCGGCGUGUCGGCGCUGGUUAUCGUGGCCGAACGGAGCGCUCUUAUCUACUGCAUAGGGUUUUACCUUUGGAACGACGAGACACAGUGGGCGGCUUUUACACUUGGCCUCUUCCUUCCGGGGACAGCAGUUCAGCUGCUAAGUGUGAAAUGGUACUACGACGAUGGCGAUGACAGGCGCUGCUACCUCUCGGUCAUACACAUACUACACCUGGGCAUCUUCAAAAGAUUGUGGGACUGCAUGAGGUCUGUGCUGCAUACGCAGGGCUCUGUGGCAGAGCUUGGCGUUGCCGUCAUGCAGCAGGCAGAUAUGGCAGCUCUCUGGUUGCUGGAGGCUCUUAUCCUCACGUUGCCUCAGAGCCUUCUACAAGCAUAUGUUGUAGUGUCUACCGAUGUGGGCAUUGCAUCUCCAGUGGCCUAUUGCUGUGGCUUAUGUGUGCUGUCUGUUUCCUGGGCCCUGGUGCUGUACAGCCGAGCCUGCUGUCUGAUCCGACCGGGCCACUUGGCUAUGCCUCCAGCAGCCCUGCUGUGCCAGCUGGUCUGGAGAGCGGGCAUGCUGGGUGCCAGGGUGACCUGCCUCAUGUUCUUUGCCAGGGUGUUUAACUGGUGGGUCUGUGGAGUAGCAGGGUUUCACUGGCUCACAGCCUCCUUCUGGCUGGUGUCACAGCAACCAGACAUCUGCAAUGGCCACUGGUGCUGGCGCACCUUUAACAGCAUUCUGGGGCUCAUCCAUGUCUUCCUCUUCCUCAACGUCAAAGAUGGACCCUCACGCUUUCGCAUGGCUAGCUUCUAUGCAUUCAUGCUAGUGGAGAACGCCACUCUGCUGCUGGCUGCCUCCGACUUCCUGAGCGAAGCGUCGUGGGACAACAUGACCCUUCCCACCUCUGCGCUCUGUAGCUUUGUCCUUGGGGCAACUUCUUUGGUUCUGUACUACCGGUUCCUCCAUCCUAAAUCCACAGAGAUCUCCCACGGUACAGACCGCCACAUGGGCAGCGCGUGCAUAGAGCAGGGGGAGUCCUCAUUCUCUCUCGGGGACAAAAGUCUGCCGGCUUCUUCCAUUCAAAACCACGGCAGCUUCUCCCUCUCGGGUGUGGCUGGGUCUCUGCUGGAACAUCCAGGAAACUGUGGAGGCCAGUCUAACAGCUCCUGCCCCUGCUUCCAUCACCACUGGCUCUUGAUCCGCUUGGCGCUUAAAACCGGAGAUCUCAAUAAAAUCAACAGAGCGUAUGGAGCUGGCGGACCGGCUGCCAUAUUGGGCAUGGAGGAGUACAACCAGGAUUUUAAAAGUAACGAGGGCAUCACUUAUACAGCUGCAGGCAGCUGCGAGGGUGUGUCCACCUCUGAGUCUCAGGGGCAGGGCCUGGCGCCCCUUUCAGACUGCAAAGACGAAUUCCAGAGUUUAAGCGAGCCCACGUCAACCGAACAACCUGAAGAAGAGGACAGUUUGGAGAUGGAGAGCCCGAUGGAGUCACCUGCAUCAGAUUUUAAACGCAGCUCUCCGGAGGGUAAGUCUGUUUUUGGAGACAGCCCAGAGCCUUAUUACUGCCCCACCGAGUCAAGUUCCACCUUAUACUUCAGCGCAGAUCCACAGUCGCCCAGCAGCGCUAGUAACCCACGCUUGGACCGGGACAUGGGGGGUCUGGAACAUGGGGUUCGGCUCAACUCCAUCCCCAGUGAUCCAGCCCUUCACAGGGAUGUGCGUGGACUCAUGGGCCGAGUUGGACCGCGUUGCACCUCCACUCCUAAACUGGACUCGGGAGUGUUGGAUUCUCCCUCUAGUGCUCCUCAUCUCACAGGUCCUAGGAGGCAGCUCGUAAUGUCCCACAGAGACGAAGGCGAUACCUUCUAGCAUUCUUGUGUCAGAAUCAGGAAAAUGAGUAAACAGCAGCCUGUCCGACAUCUUCUGUUCAGUGUAAUAGGAUGAGAGUGCCUGCUGGUAUUUAUUUGGUGUGUUUGGUGCACAGCGUGGCACAGAGAACCUGAAAUUAUUCUAAAAUAACACUUCUCUAACCAUAAACCAUUUACUAACCACGUUGCUUUACCCAAAAGCUUCACGUGUUGGGCUUUUUUCUAACCAGGUUCCAGUACUAAACCAUAGCGAGAGCUUCCUAACGAAUCAGAAAGAGCAUCGGCAAGCGACUGUUGUUGAUAAUCAGCGCUGAUAAAACAGAUCGGUGAUAUCAGGAUGUCUGUUUGCAGGAAAAACAAGACAAACCUGGUGAUCCUUUACAGAAUCUCCGUUCAACAGGACAAAUCAGACUGGAAGACAUCUAAAGUGGUUUAGUGCGAUGGGUCUGUGGCUGUGAAAGUCUAAACUGUUGUUUUUCAUAGGAACCAAAGCCGGUCUAGUACUGGAACCAGUUUGGAGAAAAACAAACGAGGGUUAGGGUUUGGAUGCUGGACUAAGACAAUUAAAAUGCUGAAAGAUGGCUUAGAUCUGAAAUUCAAUAAAUAUUUAUGUUAUUGUGGCAGAAAUAUUAUUAGGUCUUUGGACGUCUGCUGUGCAUUACACAAACACAAGUUCUACUGAAGAAGUGUGUAUAAACUGUAUUUAAAAACUGCUUAAAUAUCCUGAAGCUUUCUAAUCUCAAGCGACCGACGGUUUCUUUCAUAACGGCUGGAUAUUUGUGAUAUUGUAAUGAUUGUAAUAAUUCAUCAGCAGAGAAUUUAUUCCAAGAGCUGACAGGAGCUAGAGUCUGAUCUCUGGCGUGGUUUCAAUGUGAGCCAGAGCCUUUUAAAAGCACAAAUAUCAUCUGUAUCAUAUCUAUUUGCAGUGACGCUGUGUUUUUACUUAUUUAUUGUUUUAAAAUGUUACGUAAAAAACACCCUUCACUCAUCUGAUAUUAAUAAGCUGCAUUUCUUGUAUGGUUUGAAACUGGCACUGCUAUAAGCAAAUCCAGCAUUUCAUCUUAGGAAGACUGAUGUUUUUACUUGUUUUAUUUACAUGUUGAUCAUGUAAAUAUAAAAAAUAAAUCUCCAAAAUUAGAAGUAUGUUAGAAAAGAAAAGAUUUGUCUCAGGCGUUAUCUUUAAAAAGCUUUUUCAGUGUCACAAACGAUUUAAAUGUGGUGAUUUUUUGUUGUAUUUGUUUCUGAUUGCUGUUUCAAUGAUUUUACUCAGCAGGCAACAAACAAAAAGCAGUGAAACUGCAACCAGGUGACUGCCUAAUGAACUGUGAAAUAAAGCAAGGCCACGGGUGGCUUGAAAUAAGCAAUAAACAGCCAACAUGUUUGGAUGAGUGAAA